AUCUCACAAAUACUCAACUUUAGCUUUUACAGUUUGUUGUUAAUAAAGGAGAAAACGGACCUCUGACUGUUGGAGUUUACGUCAUCGGUGCGCGACGUCGCGUGCGGUACUGUGAAGGACAGCCGACGAGAAGCUUGGGAUGAUAUAAGUUAGAAAUAAAGGAGGACGUUGUGAUGGCGUUGUCGUGUCUAACUCGAGCUCUGCGCUUCCUGACAGUCUCCCAGCCUGCUCUGCUCUCCUCGCAGGCGGUUGCACAGCCAAGGAUAGGAGCACAGGUGCCCACCACAGGGGGUCAGUACAGAGGCUUCCUGACCACAGCCCCCCUGGAGCAGAACAAGACAUUUUGGAAGCAGCGGGAGAAGUACACCAUCAAGCCAAUAGGAAUGAAAAAGACAGGAGGACGAGAUCACACAGGAAAGAUACGGACACAUGGCAUCGGCGGUGGCCAUAAACGAAGAUACCGGUGGAUAGACUUCCAGAGACUGCGCUAUGAAGAAGGCAAAGAAGCCCAGCCCUUCGAAGAGAAGGUUGUGGAAGUGCGAUACGACCCAUGCAGAUCAGCUGACAUCGCUCUGGUAGCUGGAGGCAGUCGUAAGAGAUGGAUCAUCGCUACAGAGAACAUGCAGGCUGGAGACGUCAUUAAAACAUCUGGAGUUAUUGGACGCAUGGCAGUCUUAGCCAAUGAAGGUGACUCCUACCCACUGGGAGCUCUCCCUGUGGGGACACUGGUGAACAACCUGGAGAUACAACCAGGGAAGGGAUCAGAGUACAUUCGUGCUGCAGGCACGAGUGGCGUUUUGCUCCGUAAAGUAAACGGAACGGCGAUCGUUCAGCUGCCUUCAAAGCAGCAGGUUCAGGUACUGGAGACCUGCAUGGUAACGGUUGGACGUGUAUCCAACAUUGACCACAACAAACAGAUCAUCGGCAAAGCCGGUCGCAAUCGAUGGUUUGGCGUUCGCCCUUCGAGUGGCUUGUGGCAGAGGAAGGGAGGCUGGGCAGGACGCAAGAUUAAACCGCUGCCUGCGAUGAAGAAUUACGCCAACCUGCCCUCAAUCACAGCUAAAUAACACAACAGGAGUGGGCAUGGGUUUGGGACUGGAGAUUGUUGUCUCUUGUUUAUCAUCGCCUUGUAAUAUUAUUGAUUGCUCAGAGAAAAGAAAUAUAAAUAAAGACAAACAGUUUGUACAGAAGAUUAAAAAUUUUAUUAAACACAACUGCUUGUGAGAGCAUGGAAAGAAACAAAACAAUAUAAAAAUCCAAAACAUAUUUACAUCUAUAGUAAAACAUGCAGAGUAACCCAUAUUUUUAGUGGUAAAUUUAAAAAUACUGUCAUGUCAUUUAAAAUAGUUUGUGCAAAGACACUGGGUGGCAUUUCAAGUAACAGGAGCAAUGAGAUGGCAUGUGAUAAUCCUUGUAGUUUGACCAUCGAUGAACAACAUUAACACUGGUGUUAGAGUUCUUUGUUUUGUUUUUUUUGCAGUGCUAAAUUAUGGUGACAGAGUUAGGCAUGCCCGCUCAUUGAUCCAGCCUUGUAAAACACCCCCAUGCUACCUCUAGAUUUAGGGCAAAAAAAAAAAAAACUCGAGGUCAAAUACAUUGAAAUCCACUUGUCAAUAUGCCCAUUUAGCAUUUAAAAGGCUCACAUGACAAAUUCCCUCAAACAACUCUGCCCUGGCAAACACUUCACAGCCCGAGUUUA